CAUUUUAAGAUCGAAAGUACUUUUGUUAAACGAAUUAUUACAUAAUCAAUCAAAAUCGUACUUGAGAGCGAUGCACGCUCUUGUGUAAUUGUGGGAAAGAAAAAAGGGAGGGAUAAACAGAUAAAAUAAAAGAAACAAAAAAAUUCCAAGUGAUAAAGUGAGACAGAGGAAAAGGGGUAACAGAUUAAAGAUUCUAGUGAGAAACAAUGGCUACACUCUGUACGUUGAUUCUUCCCAAAGUUCCUCAAUCCAGAGGAACAACAACAACAACUCGUGCUGUCCUAACGAGGGAUUACAAAAUGAAGGUUCCUUAUGAACUGAAGCAGGGACAAUCUCGUCUUUUUCACAAGCUUCCCUCUGGUCUAAACAUGGAAGUUCUCUUCCAAAAAGGACUACAAUGCAGUGACCCAGAUGAUGAAUUUACUAAGAACCCACCAUUAGUAUUUGUUCAUGGAAGCUUUCAUGCAGCUUGGUGUUGGGCUGAACACUGGCUGCCUUUCUUUUCCCAAAACGGAUAUGAUUGUUACGCCCUCAGCUUGCUGGGCCAGGGAGAAAGCGAUUCACCUGCUGCCGCAGCUGCUGGUACUGUCCAGACACAUGCAGGAGAUAUUGCUGACUUCAUCCACAAAGAGAUCAAGUUGCCACCAGUCUUGCUUGGACAUUCAUUUGGUGGGCUUAUUGUUCAGUAUUACAUUGCAAAUAUUAGAAGUGAAGCAGUAAAAGGAUCUGAUUCAGAAACGAAAAGCUUAUUCCCCAGUCUUGCUGGAGCUGUGCUUGUUUGCUCAGUACCCCCUUCGGGUAAUAGUGGUUUAGUUUGGCGAUAUCUCUUCUCAAAGCCUAUUGCUGCUUUCAAGGUAACUUGGAGCCUGGCAGCCAAAGCUUUUCAAACAUCUUUACCUCUUUGUAAAGAAACUUUUUUCUCAGCAGCAAUGGAGGGUCAGCUGGUUAUGCGUUACCAACAGCUAAUGACUGAAAGCUCAAGGAUGCCAUUGUUUGAUCUAAGAAAGCUCAAUGCGUCUCUUCCUGUCCCUCAACUCGAGGAUCCUGCAUUUAAAGUACUCGUAGUGGGUGCAAAGGAUGAUUUCAUUGUGGACGUGGAAGGACUCAAUGAAACAGGAAAAUUCUAUGGCGUCCCGACAGUCUGUAUUGAAGGGGUUGCUCAUGAUAUGAUGAUAGAUUGCUCAUGGACAAAGGGUGCACAAUCGAUCCUGUCGUGGUUAAACGGCUUAAAUAAAGCUGGGACACAAAUAUGAAGGAAAAUUUCCUCCAUGUUAGUGUCCGAAUAUUGUUGACUAGUUGAGAACCACUGUUUUGGCCUUCAAUGAAGACAUGGAAAAUUGAGAGGUCUAGAAUAGGAUUGAAUUUGUAAUUUAUAUCGCUUUUGGAGAUCUAUUGGAUAUAGAUGCAUCUAGAAACCAAGAAAACACAAACAGU